CCAAGAUCUGAAAUCAGUUGUACCGGGUAUCUUGUCUAGUCGUUUGAGAUGGCAGAAGAUGGGAAGUUCCGAAUUGAGAAGUUCGAUGGUACAGAUUUCAGUUGGUGGAAGAUGCAAAUUGAAGAUUUGCUGGUUCAGAAAGAUUUGGACGUGGUAUUGGGUGACAAGCCAGAAAAGAUGUCGGAUGCAGAUUGGGCAGCGGUUACCGGUUCAGUGGGACCUGAUGGAUUCACCUUUGAUCAGAUUCGAGAUCUCGUUCUUGGCGAGGAUGUCAGAAGAAAGAGUUCGGGGGAGUCAUCUGGUGAAUUGCUUCAUGUUGGUAGAGGCAGAAAAAAUAACAGAGGUAGUGGGAGCAGGAACAGACAAAGGAGUCAGUCGAAGACUCGUGACAGCUCAGGUGUAACGUGCUGGAAGUGCAAGGAGGUGGGGCAUUAUAGGAAUCAAUGCCCGAAUGACAAGAAAGUGAACAUUGCUGAAGGCUCCGCGAGUGAUGAAGAGGUCCUUCUUACUUGUUGUGCGGAGAGCAAUGUGGAUUCCUGGGUCAUGGAUUCUGGUGCUUCAUUUCAUGCUACCCACAGCGGUGAAGUAUUACAGAAUCUGGUUGUUGGAGACUUUGGAAAGGUACGACUUGCAGACGAUAGGGCUCUUGAGGUGACGGGCAUGGGUGACAUGGUGUUGAAGACCUCAGUCGGUCUUUGGACUUUGAAGGAUGUCAGAGUGGUUCCAGCCUUGAAGAAAAGUUUGAUUUCUGUCAGGCAGUUGGACGAACAGGGACACGAGGUGAAGUUCAGAGAUGGGCAGUGGAAGGUUGUGAAGGGAAAUCUUGUCAUGGCCCGCGGAAGGAAGAGUGGUUCGUUGUAUAUGGUCGAGUUACCAUCUGAGGGAGUGACCGCCCCAGUUCAAAAGAGAAACAAAGUCCGGUUCACAGAGUCUCGUGGGCAGAAUAAGGUUGUCUAUGCAAGAGAGAAACCUAGAGCCACAGGUCAGACUCAGGAUGAACGAGCGUGGAAAGGUUCAAGGGGGCCAGUCAGAGGUAUUUAUGGCAGUGGGAGCUCAAGAGGUGCUUCAGCCAAGUUACCUAGAAGACAGUGGGUCAGGAGAACCAGUAUUCUAGCUGUUGGAACAUCUCCAGAAAAUUUCAGGAGAACCAGUAUUCUAGCUGUUGGAACAUCUCCAGAAAAUUUCUUGCUGAGUACGGAGAGUGUUUGUUCUCAAUAUGUUCUAGGAUCCGGCAGUGUGCGUCUGCAGUGGGAGCCGGUAGGGACCGAGGACGAGUCAGGGACAGAUUUUGCCGUGACUGAUGUGUUGGAGCUUGGGAGAGCUUCAACGGGCCUUUCAGUUGUCUGAUGAUAGGGCCGCUGUAACAGGAGAGCUGAGGAAGAUUACUCGAUGUACAGGCAAUCGUGGUGGAU